GAAAUAAUCCUCUCCAGCUCCCAGGGCACAGUCAUGGAAUUUUAAAAAUAGGGAACUUUGUUAACCGUGAAAUACUGUCUGAGAUUUAAAAGCUUGUGGAGCUCCAGAUAAAUAAUCAUUUGUCUAUCUUCUGAAGAAAUUCCUUUGGCUACCAGUUUAUCCUGUGAACUGCAACGCACCCAUCUCCAUCCAAGUUGGACUCAAGGUAAAGGAAGAGUGGAAAUGUGCUUCUGGACAAAGCUUUCAGUAGUUUGGGUGCCCUUGUUCCUUCUGCUCGGUUGUGUCCCUUCUGCUGAGACAGACACACCCUCAGCCCAGGACAGCAGCAGCUCUGGGAGUCCAGGGCAACUGGCAGAUACACUACGAGCUCUCGCUGCGGGUGACCACCCAUCCCUCAACCACUCAAGAAACCUCAUCAGAACGUUGUUGGAGAAAGCUGGGUGCCCACAGAGGAGAACCGGAAUGCAAGGAGAUUGUAAUCUGUGUUUUGAACCAGAUGCCCUGUUGCUACUAGCUGGAGGAAAUUUUGAAGAUCAGUUUCAGGAAGAAGUGAUCCAGAGAGUUUCUCUUCUCCUCCUCUAUUACAUUGUCCAUCAGGAAGAGAUCUGUUCUUCAAAGCUCAACAUGAGUAAUAAAGAGUAUAAAUUUUACCUACACAGCCUGCUGAGCCUCAGGCAGGAUGAAGACUCCUAUUUCCUUUCACAGAAUGAGACAGAAGAUAUCCUGAGUUUCACCAGACGGUACUUUAAUACUUCCAGGGGCCAGUGUAUGGAAACCAAAACACUGCAGAAACAAUCCGGAAUCCUAAACAAACAUGGUGCUGAUGAAAAUACACUUCCUCAACUGGCAGCAACGAUCAUCUCUUUGUCCCUCCAAGGUGUUUGUCUGGGACAAAGAAAUUUGCCUUCACCAGACUAUUUCACAGAAUAUAUUUUCAAUGUUUUGAAUAAUACCAAUACCCUCCACCUAUCAGAACUAGACCAACUCCUCAACACUCUCUGGACCAGAAGUACCUGUAUCAAAAAGGAUAAAAUCCAUCAACUUCAAAGGAAACAAAGCAACCCAGCAAUCCAUGAUUGGGACUACCCCAAUCUAUCUGUCUCCAUGGACAAAGAGUUGGAUGCAGGUCCAGUUUCUUUGGAUCAGACUUGCUUCUCUGCUAGACAGCUGGUGGAGAUAUUUCUACGGAACAGCCACCCUUUGUCCAUCUCUAAGGAGGACUUUAAGCAAAUGAGUCCUGGUAUCAUCCAGCAACUUCUCAGCUGCUCUUGCCAGCUGCCCCGGGACCAGCAAGCAAAGUUGCUCCCCAGCACUCUGGAAAAAUACGGCUACAGCACGGUGGCUGUGACUGUGCUCACACUGGGCUCCAUGCUGGGGACAGCACUGGUCCUUUUCCACAGCUGUGAGGAGAACUACAAGCUCAUUUUGCAGCUAUUCGUGGGAUUGGCUGUGGGAACACUGUCUGGAGACGCUCUGCUUCACCUUAUCCCACAGGUUCUUGGUUUACAUAAGCAGGAAGCCCCAGAAUUUGAACAUUUCCAUGAAAGCAAAGGUCAUAUCUGGAAACUGUUGGGAUUAAUUGGAGGCAUCCAUGGAUUUUUCUUGUUAGAAAAAUGUUUUGUUCUUCUUGUAUCACCAAAUGACAAGCAGGGCCUGUCACUGGUUAAUGGGCACAUGGGGCAUUCGCACCACCUUGAACUCAGCUCUGAACUAAGUGACCAGGCAGGCAGAGGCAAAUCUUCUUCAACUAUCCAGUUGAAAGGCCCAGAAGAUUCACAGACAGCUGAAAUUCCUUUAGGCAGCGUGACAUCUUCCAGCAGCAAAUGCAAAUCCAUUAGCUUGUUAGCAAUAAUGAUUCUGGUUGGGGACAGCCUGCAUAAUUUUGCAGAUGGCCUAGUGAUAGGAGCAGCCUUUUCAGCCUCAUCUGAGUCUGGAGUGACCACCACAAUUGCUAUCUUGUGUCACGAGAUUCCACACGAAAUGGGAGACUUUGCUGUGCUCUUAAGCUCUGGACUUUCCAUUAAGACUGCCAUUCUGAUAAAUUUUAUAAGUGCUCUCACAGCUUUCAUAGGACUGUACAUCGGCCUCUCAGUGUCAGCCGACCCAGGUGUCCAAGACUGGAUCUUCACGGUCACUGCUGGGAUGUUCCUAUAUUUAUCGUUGGUUGAAAUGCUUCCUGAAAUGACUCAUGUUCAAACACAACGCCCCUGGAUGAUGUUUCUCCUGCAGAACUUUGGAUUGACCCUAGGUUGGCUUUCUCUUUUACUCUUGGCUAUAUAUGAACAAAAUAUUAAAAUAUAAGUUAGCAUCCUCAAAAUCCUUCAGAAAUUAUUUUCUAUGGUCUUACUUUGUUUCCUCUGUUGUCAACUGUAAUCAUUUGUAAAUGAAGUAUUUUUCCUCUUGAUGAAGUGUGUGUCUAAGUUCAUCAACUUAUUAAUUUUAUAAUGUAAUUUUGUUUUUGGAGAUAUAAAAAAGGUCAAGCUGUCCUUAAUUGAAAUUUUGGUUUUAGUUUCCAACAUCAUUAUAAAAAUCAUUAUUUUUAGAAAGGAACAAGUAAGUUCUCAAUUCAUUCUAGUAAACUUUAAAAGAAAAUAUUGCGUGCCAAAGUAAAAAUGUUUGUAGCAUUUGAAGCGGACAGAUGCUGACUGGGACAAAAUCAACUGCAACUUCUUUGAUGUCAACUUAUUUUUUUUUUUUCUGUGAGAUUAUAAACUAUCAACAAACUAAGUGACCAAAAAUGUAAUAAAGUCUAGUUUUAAU